CCUGGAAGGAAGUGUUGCCCAUUCAGCACACUGUUUUGUUGCAAUAAUAUGAAUAGAACUUCCUUAUAAUUUGAGCGAUUGCGUUUCCUGGUAGAAAUACUCCUUUUCUAAAUCUACAAGGCGAAAAUUUACGGAGAAAAACAUUAAUUUAAGAUGGGAUACAUGACAGUAGAAGAGCAGAGCUCCACCCUGCUCCACCUGAAGCGAUCGCCAGGCAUCCGUUCGUGGUCUCUUCUCGUUGGCAUAGCAUCUGUUGGCUUGGCAGCUGCGUAUUACAGCUCAGAUAGCAUCCUGUGGAAACUCUUCUACGUGGCCGGCUGUCUGUUUGUGGCUAUGCAGAACAUGGAGGAAUGGGAGGAGGCCGUGUUUGAUAAAAACAAGAACCUGAUUGAGCUCAAGACCAUCAGUUUGUACACUUUAGUCCUGACUCUAUGGAGGAAGGGCCAAGAGAGAGUUGUGCUGGAUCUGGCACAGCUGUGUGAUGUCUGUGUGCAGGAGGAGAGGGUACGUUAUUUGGGGAAGGGUUAUCUGCUGAUGCUAAGGCUGGCUGCAGGCUUCUCCUACCCCCUCACCCAGAGCGCCACACUGGGGGGGCGCAGUGAUGUGGAGGCUGUGGCCGCACUGCUCAAGCGCUUCCUGGGACUAGAGGAACUGCGGGAACGUCGGCAGCAGGAGUAUGAGGCCGAGUACAGAGAGGAUUCUCUGAACAGCACCGACUCGGAUGAAGCAGACGGACUCUGAUCUCUGACAUGCAGUGUUACUCUAAUGUAAGGGAGAUUUAGUUAGCAGCAUUACAGCAAUGCAAAGGGUGAGCUUUGUGCGAUGUCCUUAAUAUAUGGCAAACUCUAAGCAUGUGCAUGGAACACCAGGGAAUAAUAACCCUCUGUCUCUAGUUACAGACUUCCUUGUUUGUAUUUUUACUGGUAAUACAAUCAUUCAGUUAUAUGUUGACCUGCAAAUGUUCACAAAUUUAUAAAAAAAAAAACACUCCAGUAAUUCCUCUUGUCAUACUCUAAGUGUGCUAAGUGAAAUAAUACUUUAAACAAGUAUUAUUUCAGAGAUUUUUGAGCUGAUUCCUGUUGUACUGUAUACUCCAGAUUACAGAUUUACUGUGCCUUCCUACUGAACUCGAAUAAGUGUUUGUGAGCCUCAGGAAAGUGCUUUUCCCACAGUUUUCUGGACCACCCUGCUCAUAAUUACCUUUUUGCAUGUUUAUUUGAACCCGGUCGCCAAUCCAGAUGAAUACAUGUGCAAACUGUAAUUAAGCAUGAAGGAUCUCCUGAGCUCAGUCAAAGAGUGAAUUAUGUGUGAAAUGCUUUGGCUUCAUGCUUGUCUGUUAAUAUUUACCAGUUUUUUUGUUUUUAUCAGUGAACCAAAGACUGAAUCUCAGGAAAACACUUUUGUUUGUUUUUUCAGAGAAGAAUUAAGACGGUCUGAUGUCUGAUUCUAACUUCUGAUGCGUGCUGCUUUAAAGGAACAAACACUUGCAGUUUUUUUAAUUGGUGGUUGGUUUUAUUGUUUUUAUUUACUUUGAUACAUUGGCUGAAGUUGUAUAAAACUGUUUUGAACAUCAA